AUGACGUUCACUGCGUACAAUGAUGUGUCGGGGACAUCUACCGGCCUCUCUUUCUGGGCACAUUUAGACGAAAGUCAUCGAUUUCACUUCGCCAUUGGACUUGAUGCUCCGCUGAUGGGAGGCUUCAAGGCUGGGGUCGUCGAAUCAGAUUCUGCGAAAACAGGCCUUGAGAUUGCCACCAGGCAAGGCAAUAGUAUCACUUCGGAAAAUCGGUAUAAGGGAAAUGAUAACGAUGGGAGUGAUCAGGUGAUCGAGUUCCAUGUUGCGACAUAUCCUGGAAUGGAAAUGAAAGUUGUCAUUACUCAGCUCAUCGUUGAUAGCAACAACGAAUAA